UAGAAAAAAACAAUUUACCCAACCUACCGAGUUGAAAGCCAGCUAAGAUGCCCCUGUGAAUAGUGGUCUCUGGCCUGCAUUGCAACAAUGCUGGCUUUCUCACAUGGACUUCGUGAGCUACCUCUCAGGUUUGUAGUUUGGGUAGAAGACCUGAGGUAGUCACCCCAGCUUGGAGUUCAACCUCUAUUCCCAAUCCCACACAAUAAGCGAACACAAUUAGGCUUCUACCUGAUGGAAAACUGAACAAAAAAAAUGGCUAUGACCCUUUUCUAAAGGCCUGCAGAUGCCAUCCACUCUCCACAGAAACCAUGCUUUACAUGUAAUCCUUCCAAGCACUACUCCUUUCCUGCAAGAGCCUUUUUUCAUGCUCAGCUGAUGAAGAACGCUGAAUGAUUGUUCCAAGUCCCUCUCUUGAAAUGUAGGUGGUUCAAACUCAGCAUGCAACUUUUGUUGUCAGUGGCAACCACAAUGUCUCUAAUAGGUUUCUCAGGGUAAGUGCUAAAUACUUAUUUUAGACUCAAAAUUUCUUUCAAAGUACCUCCCACAACUGCUCUCCAGAUCUGGCGUGGCACAAAAGCCACACCUAUCUUUUCACUGCCUUUUACAACUAAACCUUCCUGUAUAUAAUUAGCUUAUUUUAAUAAUGUCCACACCAUGAGGUCAUUUUGCAGAAACCUCAUUGGAGAUACUCAUGCAUGUUCAGUUUGCUCAGUGACUGACAUAAUGAAUUCUCUCUAUAUAUAAGUCCUCUGAGAAGAUGAGCUUCCUACAGGCUGCCUCCUUACUGAAAACCUCAUAAUUCUGCAAAAAUGAAAACUAUCUUGGCCUGCCUUCUUGUUCUUGCUGUUAGCAUUCCACUGUCCCAUGCUUAUUGUGUCCGGCAGACAUCAAAGCCAGAGUUGUCUGAUGGCAAGAUUGUAGGCUGCCGUGACUUGAAUGGAGAGCUGCAUGAACUUGGUUCCCAGUGGAGGACUGACAGCUGCCAUGAUUGCUCUUGUUCUGAGGGUGCAAUUGACUGCUGCUCCAGCUUCUCAACACCAUCUGACUAUGAUGAAGAGAACUGUGUAAGCAUUUUCAACAAGGAGACCUGCACUUAUAAAGUAGUGGAGAAAGAUGAUCACUCAAAAGAAUGCCCAGUACGUACGUGGGUGGGCUAAUAAAGAAGGAUUGUGGAUUUGGGAAUUAUUUCCUUUUUUGUUUGUUUUAAGGGUUCUUUCUCACAAAUGAAAACAACCUGAAAAAUGCAACUGUAAAGUGAAAUCUAUUCAUAAAACCUAACACAUAAUAAAACUGAGUAUCCACUCACAAAA